AUGGCCUCAUUUGAUUCUCUUGUUUCAUCCUUGAUUUUGCAAUUUUCUCAUCACUCGGAAUGGAGAAGGCUUCAACCUUUUUUGAUAAGCAAGACUUUUUAUUCAUGUUUCCAUUCAGAAUCAUUUGCUAGAGAUUAUUUACGGAAUGUGUUUUCAUUGAAUGAAAGGCAGUUGGAAAAAUUGAAUCAUGUGAUGAAUGUUGCGAAUCGAUGUUUUGCGCUUGAUGAUGAUGAAGAGUUGACUCUUGUACCAAAAACAAAGAAGAGAAAAUAUUCAAAGAAAACUUCAAAGGAAACAAAGAAACCCCAAGCGCAUACUUAUUGGCUCAUUCUCGAAACUUUUGUGGAGCUACACAAUAGAGAUCAUGUCAAACAAAUGAAUCAAAAUUUAACAAGCUAUGAUUUUUUUAUGAAUACUUUUCCCAAAUCUGUUCCAUCAUCACAACACCUCGAGUCCAAAGAAGUUAAACACCGUCUUAACAAAAUUGAAACAUUACUUCAAAUUGAGCAACAACAAGUGGAAUUGUUGGAAAGUAUGAAUAAGUUUUUCACACAACCACAGAAUAUUGAGGAUAUAAUAAUUUCGCCAAUAGUGGUAAACAAACUUUUUGGCAAGCUGAAAGGUGUUUAUGUGACAGGAGUUGACAUAGCUGAUUCUGAUAACAAGACGUUGGAUUAUGUUGUCUUUUCUGAUUGUGGAUUUCCGUUUAGUUUUUCUACAGCUUCUUCACACGAUUUUGACUCGGAAUAUAGCAAUCAUGAUUAUCGUGAAACGGUUUUAGUGAACUCUUGUGAGUUUUUUUCCAAUUCCUUGUUCCGAAAUGAUCGUGGUUUAGUUGAAACGGAGUGUUCGUCGAACCACGAUUCCAAGAUGCUUGCACUUGUCAAAACAGUGUUGUUGGACACAGAGAAAUUCACUCGAGAAGAAAGAAAAUCACUCUUCAGAAACAAAGAACAACCAGAGUCGAGUAUUGGAUUUGAACGUGGAGUGACUACGUUAUUAUACGAAUGGUUAUUGCUUGGAGUUUUAUCGCCAGUGGAUGCAGGUUAUUACGAGAACGCGAGGGAUUUUUUCCCUUUUUGUCUUUCUUUUGAAGAGGACGAUGACGACUUUGAACACGAUUCUGCAGUGAACAAUGAGGAGGGUAUGGAUGAAUAUUGA